AUGAGGUUCGCCGAGCGCCUGGGCGCGGGGAGGAAGCACGCCGGCCUGGCGAAGCACGCCGGCCUGGCGAAGCACGCCGGGUCGGCCCACCUGGACUCGCACACACUCGCCAGCUCGGCCACGGAGGCCGCGCAGGAGGCCAGGGCGCGGCGCGCUUCGGCGAAGCAGGAGAAGGACGCGCAGCUCAUCGAGGCGCGUGCCUCGGGUGCGGCGCCUUCGGCCGCCAGCGCCGCCGCGGACAGCGCAGACGCGAGCAAGGUCGCCGCCGUCGUGGCGGCUGCCUCCGGUCGCCGCGGCGAGACCAGCGGCGUGCGGAUGGCCGGGCGCCGCGGUCGCCGCCAGCAGCAGCCGCUGCCGAAGCUCCUGGACACGGCGCUGGAGGCCAUGCCGCGGCUGGGCGGCUCGGACGCCUCGUCGCCCUCCCACGUCCUCUCGCUCUUCUCCGCGGGGGCCGUGGCGGCGAUGAAGUCCGUGGCGCCGUCGCUAUUCGAGGGCGAGGAGACCAGGGCCCACGCGUCGUCGACCAACGCUUCUGCGCAGGGGGCGGCGCGCCGCGACCCCGUCGCCGAGGGGGCCGACAUGGAGACGAGGGCCUCGCCUGGCGCGAUGCAGCUCGUCAGCACGGGGAAGAGGGCCGUCAAGGUCGCGAGCAAGGAGAGGGCGUACUACACGGUGGAGUCCAGCGACGAGAAACUGCGCAAGAAGGUGGGCGGCCUCGCGUACCGCCUCACCAAGAGCCUUAGCGACAAGGACGACACCAUGAAGCCGUUGGCCUGGGGCUCCAUAAUCAGCGGCCUCGACGAGGGAGACGGCUGGCUCAAGGUGGACGGCGGCUACCUUCCCUUCGCCGUGUCCGGCAGCACGGUGCUCGCCCUGAAGUCCGAGCCCUCGGCCAUAGACGUCGUCGCGGCGUCCGAGGCCGCCGCCACGACGUGCCCCUUCUCCCACAAGGACGGCCUCCGCGAGUACCUGUCCUGCUUGGCGGACCGCUGCGAGGACUGGGACCCUGCCGUCCUGAAGGGGGUCACGUGCGAGGAGACCUUCCUGCCCCUCGGGUGCGACUCGGACCUCGUCGACGCCCUUCGUGAGGGCCCGUCGGGGACCGCGCAGCUCGGCGCGUCGGGGACCGCAGUCUCCGCCGCCUGCCCGGCGCUGUGCGGACUCUGCACGGAGCCAGCGCAGAGCUCAGCGGACCUUGGCCAGUCGGUCUGUCGUUUCUUCCUGGCCUUAGCUUAA